AUUUUUGUAGUUUAACAAUGCAAGACCUAUACGCUGAUUCUUGUAUUGAUUUUGCAUGGUUGGAUAUAUUAGUCGAAGAUUGUACGGUCGCAUGCGCGCAUCCCGGAUACAUAGGUAAAAAGAGUUAAAAACAAGAUUUUUAUAAAAUGAUUUUCAAUAUGUGUAUGUGAGAGGUUAGCUAGCUAGUUGAUUAAAUGGUUAUGUUGUAUACGUUUGUACAAAGGUCUUAUAAAAUUUAGCAGAGUCUCCUAUCUUUCCCCCAUCACUCUCGUCUUAUAGUUUUCUUAUUUCUUAUAUCAGGUUAAGUAGGUAGUUAUAUGAUCUAACUAUGGCAUUAGAAGAAAUAUCAAGUAGCCCAGCGAUAGUUGUACCAGUGCUUCUUGUUGCUAUCUUUGUAUAUGGGAUAUUUGGGUCAUCACGACUUCCUGACCUUCCUAUCGUUGGUGCGAAACCUGGUGAAUGGUUCCCGCUCAUGAGGGCCAGGUGGCGGAACCGAAGGGACACGAAGACGGCUAUAUUGUUUGCGUACAGCAACUACCGCCACCAAACCUGUAUAUUGCCUGUCGCUGGCAUAAAUGACCAUGUGCUUUUGCCUGCUAGCGAGUUCAGAUGGCUUAUCCGCCAGCCUGAAUCUGAAGUCAACUACUGCGUGGAGGAAGAAGACCAACUUAAUCAUGUCUUGUUUCGAAAUCAGCGCCUCCUAUAUACCUUCAUUCGGAAUCGGCUCACUCCCACGGUCCUGACUAAGGAAAUUUAUAACCUAUUCCCAGCCCUGCUUGACGAGAUACGGUACACUGUCGAUAGCCUCUUAGGAAUAGACACUGAGAAUUUCCACGAGAUUUGUGUGCAUAACAUGGUACAUAAAGUCUCAUGCCAGGUAAUGAAUCGUGCCUUUGUUGGUCAAUCCUUAAGCCGCAAUGCCGAAUUCCACAACGCAGCUAUCGCGUACGUAGCAAAUAUACCGACGGUCGUAAAACUGAUACGCUUCACAUGGAGGCCACUCCGGACGCUUGUCGCAUUGUUUCUCGCCUUACCGACCCGCAUCCGUAUGUGGAGGAUUUAUGAUAUUCUAGGCCCAGAAAUAGAACGGCGGUUAACGGCACUCGAAGUAAGCAGCGUCGACCCUGAGCUCAAGGCUACAGAGAACGAUUUCUUGCAGCGUAUGGUCGAUGAUACGAAGCUGUCUAGUGACCCGCACCGCUUUAAAUUCGAUAUGCUGUUCGGUAAUAUUUUGGGCUUCAACGUGUCCGCGAUGAGUACGGUAUCAGGCACUAUGAUGCACGCGAUCGUCGACCUUGCACAUUCCAAGGACGAGUACCUUGAUGAGCUACGCGUCGAGAUCGCAUCCGUGAUAGCGAAACGCGGCGGCAGAUUCGACAAGCAGGCGCUGGCAUCCAUGGUAAAGCUCGAUAGCACGAUGCGCGAGUCGCAGCGCAUGAACACGAUUUUGACGGUUUCUGUUCCCCGCUUUGUGGUCAAGAAAGGGGGCAUCGAGACGCCGUCAGGCAUUCGCGUUCCGCAAGGCGCAGCCGUGGCCGUCCCGACGUACGCGAUGAUGCACGAUGCCGCCAUAUAUCCGGACCCCUAUACCUUCAAGCCGUUCCGGUUCGCAGGGGAGCCCGCCGCGCCUGAUUGGGGAGACGGCAAUAUCAAUACUCAAGGAUCGCUGCCGCAGGCUUGGGUUAAGGGGAGCCCCGAAUAUGUGGGAUUCGGGUACGGGCCCCACGCAUGUCCGGGACGUCAUAUCGCGGCCGCCGGGGUGAAGUUGACGAUGGCGUAUAUCAUCGCUCAUUACGACUUCGAUAUACAAGGCAGACGGCCGAAGAACAACUGGUCCGGGACUGUCCGAUUGGGGCCGCAAAGGACGACGGUCCGGAUUAGGAGGAGGAAGGAGAAGGAUAUUAGUUUUACUUGAUAAUAAGCCACAAAUAAAACUGACUAUUAUCGGUGGUAUAUGGAUGGAUACAUCAACCGCGGGUGAAUAUAGCUUGGAAAAUUGACUAUUGAACUCACCUCUGGGCUUUUCUUCUUCCUUAUCAAUUUCUUUUCGGUUUGGCUAUAGUGGACUGAGGAUAGAUAUUCGAAGUGAUGGUACGAAUCAUACGUAGGUGGAAGAUAAAGGGGUGGUGGGAUAGGCAAGAUGGGCUUAUAAGAGCCUCUUUACUAUUGGUCGUUAUUAUACUGAACGUGUUGAGGGUAGUUGCUGAGGUUAUUGACAGGUUCUGCAAGGCUGAUAAAUUAACUAGUAUUUGCCACUCCUUUAAAUUACUUGUAGCCUUACCAUUUAGUUAACAAUUAUUACAGUCUCGCCUAUUGCUAUUAGUGUCGAAUUUAGCUUCUCA